AUGAAGCCAGCGAGGACUAAGACACCCCGGAAACCACCAGUGAAAAAAGGAUCCCAAACGAGUCUUAAAGACCCAGUUGGGGUGUACUGUAGGGUACGCCCACUGAGCCUUCCUGAGCAAGAGUGUUGCAUAGAAGUAAUCAAUAAUACAACAGUUCAGCUUCAUACUCCUGAGGGUUUCAGACUCAACAGAAAUGGAGACUAUAAGGAGACUCAGUAUUCAUUUAAACAAGUAUUUGGCACUCAUACCACCCAAAAGGAGCUCUUCGAUGUCGUGGCUAAUCCCUUGGUAGAUGACCUCAUUCAUGGCAAAAAUGGUCUCCUUUUUACAUAUGGCGUGACGGGAAGUGGAAAAACUCACACUAUGACUGGUUCUCCAGGGGAAGGAGGGCUGCUUCCUCGCUGUUUGCACAUGCUCUUUAACAGUAUAGGGUCAUUUCAAGCUAAGCGAUACGUUUUUAAAUCUAAUGAUAGGAAUAGUAUGGAUAUACAAUGUGAAGUUGAUGCUUUAUUAGAACGGCAGAAGAGAGAAGCCACACCCAAUCCAAAGACUCCCUCUAGCAAACGACAAGUAGAUCCAGAGUUUGCAGAUAUGAUAAAUGUGCAAGAAUUUUGCAAAGCAGAAGAGGUUGAUGAAGAUAGUGUCUAUGGUGUAUUUGUCUCUUAUAUUGAAAUAUAUAAUAAUUACAUAUAUGAUCUAUUGGAAGAGGUGCCAUUUGAUCCCAUAAAGCCUAAGUGGAACAGUUGCAGCACACCCAUGAGGAACACAGAUUUUGUACCUCCACAAUCUAAACUGCUUCGUGAAGACAAGAACCAUAACAUGUACGUUGCAGGAUGUACAGAAGUAGAAGUGAAAUCUACUGAGGAGGCUUUUGAAGUUUUCUGGAGAGGCCAGAAAAAGCGACGAAUUGCUAACACACAUUUGAAUCAUGAGUCCAGCCGUUCCCAUAGUGUGUUCAACAUUAAAUUAGUUCAGGCUCCCUUGGAUGCAGAUGGAGACAACGUCUUACAGGAAAAAGAACAAAUCACUAUUAGUCAGUUGUCCUUGGUAGAUCUUGCUGGAAGUGAAAGAACUAACCGGACAAAAGCAGAAGGGAACAGAUUACGUGAAGCUGGUAACAUUAACCAGUCACUAAUGACACUGAGAACAUGUAUGGAGGUCCUGAGAGAGAACCAAACUUACGGUACUAACAAGAUGGUUCCAUAUCGAGAUUCAAAGUUAACCCAUCUGUUCAAGAACUACUUUGAUGGGGAAGGGAAAGUACGCCUGAUCGUGUGUGUGAAUCCAAAGGCCGAAGAUUAUGAAGAAAGCUUGCAAGUAAUGAGAUUUGCAGAAGUGACCCAGGAAGUUGAAGUAGCCAGACCAACAGACAAGGCCAUAUGCGGUUUAACACCGGGGAGGCGAUACAGAAAUCAGGCCCGGGCAGGUCCUGUUGGAGAUGAACCGCUGGUUUCAGAAGUGGUUUUACAGAGUUUCCCACCUUUGCCGUCCUGCGAACUUCUGGAUGUCAAUGAUGAGCAGACUCUUCCCAGGCUGAUCGAAGCACUAGAGAGACGACAUCAGCUACGACAAAUGAUGAUUGAGGAGUUUAACAAGCAGGCUAUUACUUUUAAGGCUUUGUUGCAAGAAUUUGACAAUGCUGUUUUAAAUAAAGAAAACUAUAUUCAAGGAAAACUAAACGAAAAAGAAAAGGUGAUCUCAGGACAGAAAAUGGAAAUAGAACGACUGGAGAAGAAAAACAAAACUUUAGAAUAUAAGGUUGAGAUUUUAGAGAAAACAACGACCAUCUAUGAGGAAGAUAAGCGCAAUCUGCAACAGGAGCUUGAAACCCAGAAUCAAAAACUUCAGCGACAGUUUUCUGACAAACGUAGACUAGAAGCCAGGCUGCAAGGCAUGGUGACAGAAACAACCAUGAAGUGGGAGAAAGAAUGCGAGCGUCGAGUGGCAGCCAAGCAGCUGGAGAUGCAAAAUAAACUCUGGGUGAAAGAUGAGAAACUGAAACAACUGAAGGCCAUCGUCACUGAGCCCAAAACUGAAAAGCCAGAGAGGCCCUCUCGGGAGCGGGAUCGGGAAAAAGUUACUCAGAGAUCUGUUUCUCCAUCACCCGUACCUCUUUCUAGUAACUAUAUUGCUCAGAUUUCCAACGGCCAGCAACUCAUGAGUCAGCAGCUACAUAGGCGCUCUAACUCUUGCAGCAGCGUUUCUGUAGCUUCCUGUAUUUCGGAAUGGGAGCAGAGAAUUCCUCCGUACAACACACCUCUCAAUGUCACAUCUAUUGCGAGGCGUAGGCAGCAGGAGCCAGGACAAAGUAAAACUUGUAUCGUGUCAGACAGAAGGCGAGGGAUGUACUGGAAUGAAGGCAGGGAGGUGGUUCCUUCGUUCAGAAGUGAGAUAGAAGUAGAAGAGGAUCACUGCAGCAGGAACGCACCACCAAUCCGUCUGCGACACAGACGAUCACGCUCUGCGGGAGACAGAUGGGUAGAUCAUAAGCCUGCCACUAACCUGCAAACUGAGACAGUCAUGCAGCCACAUGUCCCCCGUGCGAUCACUGUGUCUGUUGCAAAUGAAAAGGCACUAGCUAAGUGUGAGAAGUACAUGCUGACACACCAGGAACUAGCCUCCGAUGGGGAGAUUGAGACUAAGCUAAUUAAGGGUGAUGUUUAUAAAACAAGGGGUGGUGGACAAUCCGUCCAGUUUACUGAAAUAGAGACUUUAAAACAAGAAUCACCAACUAGUCGAAAACGAAGAUCGUCUACAGCAGCACCUGCCCAACCAGAUGGAACAGAGUCUGAAUGGACUGAUGUAGAAACGAGGUGCUCUGUGGCUGUGGAGAUGAGAGCCGGCUCUCAGCUGGGGCCUGGGUACCAGCACCAUGCACAACCCAAGUGA